AGGUCACGUGAGCUUACUCCCAGCUGCAGAGCAGACAGCUCGGUGUUCAGGCUCUGACGGGCUGACUAAGCUCUAUGAACUGAUGUAACACUUAGCUGCUUGACAGCGUCACCAAAGCAAAGGCAGAAAACACAGUUGGAAAACAUGCUUUGGUUUGAGGGCUCGAUUCCUGACGCCAUUAGCUCGGCAAAACAGCGGAGUUUCGUUUUUGUCGUCGUCAUUACAGGGGAAGAUGAACAGUCAGCACAGCUGAUGUCCAGCUGGGAGGACGACAAAGUGUCAGAGGCAGCAGGCAACUGCUGUGUGGCCAUUAAAGUUGAUUCCAAGAGUGAGACAUGUGUGCAGUUCUCCCAGAUCUAUCCAGUGGUGUGCAUACCCUCUAGCUUCUUUAUUGGAGAGAAUGGGAUUCCUCUGGAGGUUAUCGCUGGCAGUGUGUCUGCUGAAGAUCUGAGGAAAAGAAUCAACAGAGUUAAGCAGAUGCAUGCCCAGCAGAUUGGAGGUCCGACAGUGUUACCAAAGGGAAUUGCUCCUGUGGAGACCAGGUCACAUAACAGCACAGCCACAGAACCUGCUCCAGCCUCUGCUCAAUCCUCAGCUCCAGCAGUUCCUGUUAGUUCAGCAGCAGAAGCCACAGAGCCUGCAGCAGUACCAGGAACAGCAAAAGCAUCUCUGUCGAGCCCAGUAGAUGAUGGUAGCCUUUCAGCCACAGCGACUCUUGCAGAGAAUGCAUCAUCAGAUAAUGCUCAGUGUGCUCAGAGUGAAGAAAACCUGGACACUAAGGUGGAAAGGUUAAACAAGAAACUGGAAGAGAGACGAGAGCAAAGGAAGAGAGGAGAAGAGGAGAAUGAGAUCAGAAAGGAAAUGGAGCGGCGGAAGAUGGGGAAGGACAUGCAGGACUUUAAAAGGAAACAGGAAGAAGAGAACACCAAGCGACUCCUGGAGGAAAGGAACAGGGAGAAGGCGGAGGAGAAGGCUGCCAGGGAACGGGUCAAACUGCAGAUCGCCAUGGACCGAGCUGACAGAGCAGCCCGCUAUGCCAAAACCCAGGAGGAGGACAAGGCUGCCAAGGAGGCCCUACUGCAAGCCAGGCAGGCAGAGCAGGAGAGCAGGAAGGAGACACUGGUCAGGGAGAGGAGUACCAUAGCAAGGAUACAGUUCCGCCUCCCAGACGGUUCAUCUUUCACCAACCAGUUCCCCUCGCAGAGCAGACUGCAGGACGCUCGGCAAUUUGCUGUUCAGGAGGUGGGAAACCGCUAUGGUAACUUUUCCCUGGCGACCAUGUUCCCGCGGCGAGAGUUCACCCGUGAAGACCUGAACAAGACUCUGCUGGAGCUUGAACUGGCUCCAAGUGCUUCCAUCGUGCUUCUGCCUCAGUCAGGCAGGCCUGCUAACACAAUGGUCCAGUCGUCUGGAGGGGGUAUUUGGGCUGUUCUGGGCACACUACUCUACCCUCUGCUGGCUGUAUGGAGAUUUCUCAGCUCCUUCCUGUUUGCAGCCCCACACCCUCCUGGAGCAGCAUCCCGAGGCCCCACCGAGCAGUCCAGCUCUUACACCCACUCAUCAUCAACUUCGGACAAGGCAAAGAGAGAAACUCUCUCCAAGCACACUCUGGAGAAGCGUCCCAAAGACUUCAAGAAAGAGGGUAAAAUUUGCAGGCUGAGGACUCAGGAGGACAGCGAGGAUGACAACAACACCUGGAACGGGAACUCCACCCAGCAGAUGUAACAGCAGCUCUCCCUCCCUCUCGUUCUCCUGCUGUGAAUUAGUUCAGUCUUAAAGGUUUAGAUCAAGUUGAAGGUCUCUGCUGCACCUAGAGCUGAUUCUUUAGUUUUCUCUUUGUCUUACUGUGUUCCAGGCCUGCGCCCUGCAUUUCGCCUGCAUGGGCAGAUAAUAAUAAUCACAAGAACGUCCUAUGGGCUUGAGCUGAGUUGUUUUUUUUUGUUGUUGUUGUUUUUUUUGUUGUUUUUUUUGUUUUUUGUUUUUUGUUGAUUAUGACAUGAUUCUGUCUCCUAACCUGGACUCAGAUUACAACAGGUUGACAGACCUAGAAAGGCUAUGCCAGCAAUCCUUGGGUUUUUGCUCAUAGAUGAUUGUCAGAUACAUCAUGAUUAACUUUAUUGAAUAAAGUUUAUUAUUUUUAUUUAUCAUUAUUAUCAGACACCAAAUUCUGUGAAAACAGUAAAGAGCUGACCUAAAGAUGUUGUAAUCUGAGCCCGUCUUCACAUUAUUUUACGGAGUCAUUGCAUUUUAGAAAGAUUUCACCUUGAACAGUGAUUGGCUGAUUGCCAGUGACUCAUCUGGAUUCUUAUCUAACAGCAGAAUGAAGACAUUUUGUUUUAGAUGUAUAAAAUACUGAAUUUCAGCAAACAGCUGGCUGCUAUUGGCAGAGGACUUUACAUCUACCAAGGUGGUGGUGUGCGAGUGCACGCACGCACGCAAGCAAGCAAGCAAGCAAGCACGUACGCACGCACACACACUUGUUUUACUAUAUUCGUGGGGACCCAUCUUUGACAUAAUGAAUUCCCUAGCCUUCACCUGAACCUGAGUCUAACCUGAAUCCUAAAACAGAGUCUUAGCCUUCAAACACCCAUUUAAACCCGGGUCCAGUGUUUUGGUCCCCACAAAGAUGUUGGACCCCACAAUUAUAAUGGGAAUCCAGUUUUUGGACCCCAUGAAUAUAGUUUUUAAAAAAGCCCACACACACACACCUUGGCAAAUGGGUUUCUACUAGUCGACAGUGGGCAAAUGCUGUAGUUCUCACCAAACAAUGCAAAUUAAAGCAACCUGUUUUUCAGAAAACCUUUGAAUUUGGUGUUGGUUGUUUGUUAACCUGAUCCCCAUUCUUCACAAAUUGGUGAACUUAUCUAGGCCCACUGUUAGGCCUUUGAUUUGUUGUCUUAAAUAAUUGUUCUCUUAUUGUGAAAUAAAGGCAAAAUAAUCAUUGGCUGAUCAUAUCACAAUGUUAUGUUACCUUAUCCUGUUAAAAUCUCUCAUAAAGUAGACCCAUCUGGCCGCAAUAAUAAGUCCAGCAUUUAUGAAAUGAAGUAAAAUGGAACUAAACUUGUUAGCUUCCCAAUGUAUAACAAUUCAUACUUGUAAUGCAAGUAUAUUUCAAAAUGUCAUUUAGUAGCAUGUUCUCUGGUUCCAGUGGUCAGAAAUCUCAGCAUGUUCCUUUUGUUUGGGAUACUAUGAUUUACUGUUUGAAUUGUCUUGUACAGUCUGGUUUAUCAUGUAAAGGUACUUUAUUGUAAAAAAUGACAGCAUGUUCUCAUCUAAAAUCCUA